AUGGAUGUUCUUAACGAACGGGACUCUCCGAAAGGAGCGUCAAGCAACACGGAGAUGCUGUUUGCGUUGCUAGCGCAGAAUGAAGAACUACACAAAGAAAUCCCUGUUUGCGCGGGAUGCAAUCAGCACAUCGUGGACCGUUUCAUCCUCAAGGUGCUGGACCGCCACUGGCACAGCAAAUGCUUGAAAUGCAGCGACUGCCAAUCGCAGCUGGCGGAUAAAUGCUUCAGCAGAGGCGACAGCGUUUACUGCAAAGAAGACUUCUUUAAGAGAUUUGGGACUAAAUGCGCAGCCUGCCAACAAGGUAUUCCACCGACCCAAGUAGUUCGGCGAGCGCAGGACUUCGUGUACCACCUCCACUGUUUCGCCUGUAUAGUAUGCAAGAGGCAGCUGGCCACGGGCGACGAGUAUUAUCUGAUGGAGGACAGCAGGCUCGUGUGCAAGGCCGAUUACGAGACCGCCAAACAGAGAGAGGCGGAUUCCACGGCGAAAAGACCGCGCACCACAAUCACUGCCAAACAGCUGGAAACGCUGAAAAACGCCUACAACAACUCUCCCAAACCGGCGCGUCACGUGAGGGAGCAGCUGUCGUCAGAAACGGGAUUGGAUAUGAGAGUAGUUCAGGUAUGGUUCCAGAACCGGCGGGCGAAGGAGAAGAGGCUGAAAAAAGACGCCGGGCGGCAGAGGUGGGGACAGUACUUCCGCAACAUGAAGAGAUCGCGGGGCAGCUCCAAAUCCGACAAGGACAGCAUCAAAGAGGAAGGAUUAGACAGUGACGCAGAGGUCUCCUUCACAGACGAGCCGCCCAUGUCUGACCUCAGCCACUCCAACGGGCUGUACGGGCUGACGGAGACGUCCCCCGCCCUGGGCAGACAGGCGGUCGGCCACGGGCCCUUUCCCCUGGACCCCGGGGGCCUCCCGCCCCAGGACCAGUACCCCGAGAUGCGACCCGGGAGCCCCUACAGCUUGCCCCAGUCGCCCCGGUCCCUGCAGGCCCUGCCCGGCCACCAGCCCCUCCUCUCCGGCCUGGUGUACCCCGAGUCGGGCCUGUCGAUCGUGGGGCCGGGCGGGGCCCCCGGAAUGGGCCCCGGCAUGCGGGCGAUGGGCGGGGCCAACGGGCCCAGCUCGGAUCUGUCCUCUGGCAGCAGCGGUGGGUAUCCGGACUUCCCCGCUAGCCCCGCCUCCUGGCUCGACGAAGUGGACCACACCCAGUUUUGA